GAGCUCUUCAAUCGCGUUCCCAAGCACUUUCUCUUGCCUCUCCCACCUCCCUCACCACAGCCCACAGCGAAUACUGAUCACUACUAAUCCGCCUGCGAUCAUCGCCUCGGUUCGCUGUAGUCCGUCACACACCUGCGCGAAACUCAUACAUCAUGUCGGCCGAAACGGUGGAAACGCUCAAAGCCACCAUUGACAAGUUGGAAAGAAAAGUCCACGAGCUCGAAUCACGGAUAACAGGUCACGGUAGCUCCAGCAACGAUGGCAUGCGCAUGAUCUUGAUUGGUCCUCCAGGAGCUGGCAAGGGAACUCAAGCCCCGAAGAUCAAGGAGAAAUUUGGCUGCUGCCAUCUGGCAACAGGUGACAUGCUCCGCGCUCAAGUCGCCGCGAAGACCGAGCUGGGCAAGCAGGCAAAGAAGAUCAUGGAUCAAGGCGGGCUUGUGUCUGAUGAGAUCAUGAUUGGUAUGAUUGAGAAGGAGCUCGAGAACAACAAGGAGUGCAGUGGAGGGUUCAUUCUUGAUGGGUUCCCACGCACAGUGCCACAAGCGAAAAAGCUCGACCAGAUGCUUGAGGCCAAGACGCAACCACUGAAGCAUGCGGUCGAACUCGAAAUUGACGACAAUCUGCUCGUGGCCAGAAUUACUGGCCGCUUGGUUCACCCCGCUUCAGGACGUUCGUACCACAAGAUCUUCAACCCACCGAAGAAGGAGAUGACUGACGAUGUCACUGGCGAGCCAUUGAUUCAACGAUCUGACGACAACGAGGUGGCGCUUAAGAAGCGUUUAAGCACCUACCACGCACAGACAGCACCUGUGGUGGACUAUUACCGCACGACUGGCAUCUGGAAGAGGAUUGAUGCUAGCCAAGACCCAGGCGCGGUAUGGAAGAACAUGUUGCAAAUUUUCAAGGAGAGCGACAAAAGCACUUCGGGCGGACUGUUGGGCAAGUUGGGGCUGAAGAACUAGGAGCAUGCAUAGGCCGUCAUCAGGUCGCACGUGUAAUGCGCAGGAACAGGAACAGGUUUGGCGAGCAAUUGUGCGGGCUAUCGCGAGCCUGGCAUGUUUUCAUGAAGGCUAUGGUAAGUGUGCAUAAAAGCCGUGUCGCUGCAUUGUGUAUCAUAUGGGCGUGGUGUACUAGUGUCACCCAAAUCAAAUCCAACAAGAUCGAG